CUUUAUGGUUUGGUGCUCGUCAAGAUGAAGUCAUUUGUGAUUCUCUUGGCCCUGCUGCAGUGUCUAGGAUGCACAGGCAUCCCACUGUACAACUCUGAGCUGGAGUCUAUGGCAGAAAGGGGUCUCGGAGCAGCUCUGGCACAGGUCAACUCUGUGUACGCCGUCGGCCAUCUUUACCGGGUGACUCGAGGCUACGUCACAAGGGUUAUUCCCAUGGGCCAGGGCACCACUGACCUACUGAUGACGUUUGGCAUUAAAGAGACCGAGUGCGCAAAGACCUCAGCAAGUGACCCGCAGACUUGUGCCUUCAAGCCUGGCUUCUUUGUGCCCUCCUUCUCCUGCUCAGCACGAGUACGAACGUCCGCCACCUCAGCCCAGGUGGUCUCUCUCAGAUGUGGCCGUGAUGGCAGCAGCUCCAGCUCGGAGUCCAGUGAAGAGGGAUUGUCAAGAGGGAGACACCAGUUCAAUAUCCCACUGGUAAACAGAGCUCCAGCUCCCGCUGCUCCUGCUGCCCAGUCCGGUCGCUCCAUACAGAUGCCAGAAGUCCAACCAAGAGGAGACAGUUUCACCAACUUCCUGGUGUGAAAGCUCAGCUCAUUCUGGAUACAUAUAUAUAUAUAUGGUGCUCAUCGGAAGACA